AGGAGAGCUGGCAGGAAGAAGGGCAGACUGAGGAGUUGCCAUCCUGACGCUCAGGAAGCAGGACGUGUAGAAAAUGAGCAGUGAAGAAGCACCGCGUGGUCCACUCACCAGCUUGCCAAUGAUCCAGCUCAUCGUCACCCCCUCAAAAGCGCUUGUGGAUGAGCCCGUGUCCAUCCUAGCAACUGGUCUGCCUCCACUGCAGGUAGUGACCAUCAAGGCAACACUGAAGGAUGAGAAGGAGAAUCUGUUCCAAUCCAGAGCCUUCUACAAGGCCAAUGAGGCUGGCGAAGUGGACCUGGAGCAGGCAGCGGCCUUGGGGGGUGACUAUGUAGGAGUUCAUCCAAUGGGCCUCUUUUGGUCUCUGAAGCCCAAGCGGCCUUUCCAGCGCCUGAUGAAGAGAGACGUGAUGAACAGCCCAUUUUGUAUCACUCUGGACCUGUAUGACUCUGUUCGCUUGAAAGAUUCAGCCACAAUUAGACCCAAGGCCAGUCAGACAGUGCAGCGCUGGUUUGUAGGCCCUGGGGUUCAGCGGAAGCAGAUCCGAGAAGGUCGCAUACGCGGAGCCCUUUUUCUCCCUCCAGGAGAAGGUCCUUUCCCAGGAAUUAUUGACUUGUUCGGGAUUGCUGGAGGUCUAAUUGAAUUCCGUGCCAGUCUUUUGGCUUCCCAUGGUUUUGCAGUGCUGGCUUUAGCGUACUUUGCCUAUGAAGGCCUGCCUGACAAACUGCUGGAGACCGACUUGGAGUAUUUUCAAGAAGCUGCUGAUUUCCUACUAGCUCAUCCCAAGAUCCAACAACCAGGAAUUGGUGUGAUCUCCGUGUGCAAAGGUGCAGAGAUCGGGCUGGCCAUGGCCUGCUAUCUGAAACAGGUGGUUGCCACUGUCUGUAUCAAUGGGCCCAUUGCUGUCUCAGCCAUUCCACUAAGGUAUCGGGAUCUUGUUGUGCCACCCAGCCAAUUGGUUCCAGAGCACAUCCAAAUUCAUGCUUCAGGGGCUAUACAAUUUCGUUCCAAUAUAAGUGACCCCAUAAAUAGGUUGAACCCACAGAGUAUACUUCCUGUGGAAAAAGCCCGAGGGUGGAUCCUCUUCAUUGUAGGAGAGAAUGAUGAAUGUUUGGAUAGCAAGGCAUAUGCACAAGCGGCUAUGGACCAGCUCCAGAGCCAUGGGAGAAGCAAUGGAAGAAUGCUGGCAUACCCUGGGGCAGGCCACCUCAUAGAGCCACCCUAUUCUCCCUGUUGCUUUGCAUCCUGGACCUUUGCCUCAGCUAAACCAUUGCUUUGGGGAGGAGAUUCCAUUGCUCAUGCAGCAGCCCAGGAACACUCAUGGAGAGAGAUCCAGAAGUUCUUCAGGCAACACCUUUCUCCAUCUGGAAGCAAACUCUAAGCAAGGGUGUGACCAUGCCCAGGUAGGGAUCAGGAAGUGAGUCAGAGAAGAGGGUGGAAUUUGUGUGAGAAUCAUAGCAUUAGUCAGGGAUUGGAGGGUAGGGAUGGGGAACAGUAUUCCUUACAUCACAUUUAUUCCCAUUCAACUGGAAGAAAAUGAGACAGAAGACCAGGACACAUGUGCAUCUGAGGUGUUUCUGACAGGUUUGCAUGUCGUUUGAAAUUUUAUAGAUUAAAUUUUAGUUUAUAUAUUGGAAUAUAUUGGUAUUCAGAAAUUAUGACAUUCUUGCAAACUGAUAAACAUUAU